GCGGCCGCGCGCGGGCGAGCCGGCUGAGCUGGGCACUGCGCGGGGGCGCGCGGCUCCGGGACCCAGGCCCCGCCACCUUCCCUCCGCCCCCGGGCUCUGUCCUCACUUUCGAGCAGGGGACAAACGGGAAGCAGGAGCCAUGCAGUCGGAAUCAGGGAUCGUGCCGGAUUUCGAAGUCGGGGAGGAGUUUCAUGAAGAGCCCAAAACCUAUUACGAACUCAAAAGUCAACCCCUGAAGAGCAGCAGUUCUGCAGAGCAUCCUGGGGCCUCCAAGCCUCCGAUAAGCUCCUCCAGUAUGACAUCACGCAUCUUGCUACGCCAGCAACUCAUGCGUGAGCAGAUGCAGGAGCAGGAACGCAGGGAGCAGCAGCAGAAGCUGCAGGCGGCCCAGUUCAUGCAACAGAGAGUGCCCGUGAGUCAGACACCAGCCAUCAACGUCAGUGUGCCCACCACCCUACCCUCUGCCACCCAGGUGCCAAUGGAAGUCCUUAAGGUGCAGACUCACCUCGAAAACCCCACCAAGUACCACAUACAGCAAGCCCAAAGGCAGCAGGUAAAGCAGUACCUUUCUACCACUUUAGCAAAUAAACAUGCCAACCAAGUCCUGAGCUUACCAUGUCCAAACCAGCCUGGUGAUCAUGUCAUGCCUCCAGUGCCGGGGAGCAGCGCGCCCAACAGCCCCAUGGCUAUGCUUACGCUUAACUCCAACUGUGAAAAAGAGGGGUUUUAUAAGUUUGAAGAGCAAAACAGGGCGGAGAGCGAGUGCCCGGGGAUGAACACACAUCCGCGAGCGCCGUGCAUGCAGAUGGAUGAUGUAAUCGAUGACAUCAUUAGCCUAGAAUCAAGUUAUAAUGAAGAAAUCCUGGGUUUGAUGGAUCCUGCCUUGCAAAUGGCAAAUACGUUACCUGUCUCGGGAAACUUGAUUGACCUUUAUGGAAACCAAGGCUUGCCACCUCCAGGCCUCACCAUCAGCAACUCCUGUCCAGCUAACCUUCCCAACAUAAAAAGGGAACUCACAGCGUGUAUUUUUCCCACAGAGUCUGAAGCAAGAGCAUUGGCUAAAGAGAGGCAAAAAAAAGACAAUCACAACUUGAUCGAACGAAGAAGAAGAUUUAACAUAAAUGACCGCAUUAAAGAACUAGGUACUUUGAUUCCCAAGUCAAAUGACCCAGACAUGCGCUGGAACAAGGGAACUAUUUUAAAAGCAUCUGUGGACUACAUCCGAAAGUUGCAACGAGAACAGCAACGUGCCAAAGAACUUGAAAACCGACAGAAGAAGCUGGAGCAUGCCAAUCGGCAUUUGUUGCUUAGAAUACAGGAACUCGAAAUGCAGGCUCGCGCUCAUGGACUUUCCCUUAUUCCAUCCACGGGUCUCUGCUCUCCAGAUUUGGUGAAUCGGAUCAUCAAGCAGGAGCCUGUUCUUGAGAACUGCAACCAAGACCUCCUUCAGCAUCAUGCAGACUUGACGUGCACAACCACUCUUGAUCUCACAGAUGGCACCAUCACCUUCAACAACAGCCUCGGGACGGGGACGGAGGGCAGCCAGACCUACGGCGUCCCCACGAAAAUGGGAUCCAAACUGGAAGACAUCCUGAUGGACGAUACGCUGUCUCCCGUUGGUGUAACUGACCCCCUACUUUCAUCAGUGUCCCCCGGAGCUUCCAAAACCAGCAGCCGGAGGAGCAGUAUGAGCAUGGAAGAGGCCGAGCAUCCUUGUUAGCAAACCCGCCCUGCUCUGCGUCCCCACGGACUGCUUCCUCUCUUGAUGAGCAGAUUUCACAAUUUACCUUGAAGGGGUUUUCUUGAUAAUUUUCCUUUAAUAUGAAAAUUUUUUUCAUGCUUUAUCCAUAGCCCAAGAUAUAUUUUAUUUUUAGAAUUUUGUGAAACAGACUUGUAUAUUCUAUUUUACAACUACAAUUGCCUCCAAAGUAUUGUAUGGCGAGUGUGCAGAAUCUGUGAACUGAGUCCACUGCAGACUUCAGUUUUCUGAGCAAGAGGAUUUUGCAUCAGAGAAAUGUCUGUCCAUUUUUAUUCAGGGGAAACUUGAUUUGAGAUUUUUAUGCCUGUGACUUCCUUGGAAAUGAAAUGUAAUGUUUAAUUGAAAGAAUGUAAAAAGCAACCAAAAAAAUAAAUAAAUAAAAGAAAGAAAAGAAAAGAAAAAAGCAAGAGGAAGAAAAAUCCUCCAUACUAACCCUUUUUUCAUUUUUUAAAUGUAUUAAUCCAUGGGUACUGCCUUAAAGAUACAGUACCUUUCUAGCAUUAAGUCUUUUUACUGCAAACUAUUUAAAGAAAUACUAUAUUCUGUAAAAGACAAAAAAAAAAAAAAAAAGAAAACAAACAAAACUUCAGCCUUUUCAUGAGGAUUGUCUGAUUAGAAAUUGUAACUGAUACCAUAGUUGAAAGGAGUCAGACCCAGGCUCUGAAGUGCAGAGUCCAGUCUUUCUCUACUUCACCUUGCACUGUUACAGGUUUCUUCAUUGACAAGUGGGAUUCAGCUUUUCAUAAGAUAUAUUUUAUUUUGAAAUGGAAGCAGAUGUCCUCUCCAAACAUUGAGGAGCACUGGAAGUUUGUUUUACUUUUUUUUUUUUUUUUUAAAUUUCUGCUUUUGAUAAGAAAGCCAAACUAGGCGUAUUUCUAAUUGGCUUUACUGUUUUUAUUUUUAAAUUGUGUUUUACUGUUCAUUUGAUUUGUACAGAUUCUUUAAUAUCAUCAUUCUUUUCAAUAUGUUUGUAUUAAUUUGUUAACAAUAUGCAUCUUAAAAUGGCAAUUUUUCGAUAUUUUUACAACUCACCCGUGGUUUUCUGCAUUCUUUGUACACCCAUGAAAGAAAACUUUUAUGCAAGGUCUUGUGUUUAAAGAGAGUUUUGCGAAUAUUUUGUAUAUUACAGUCUCACUUGGAACUGUUUUUCAACACACUUAAGGCAUAGCAUUAAUAGGUUAAAACCAGGCUUUCUAGAAAGAAUAAACUUACAUAUUUAUUUUUAGGAUAUAAAAGUAGCAAUAUACUUGGAAACUGAUAACAUUAAUGUGUCCAUGAAGGUCAUUUAAAUUGGGGUUUAUUUCAGCACUCUUGCUGAAUUUUUUUUCUUUAAAGAGAGAAAUACUGUAUUUGGCAAAUUACUGUUACUUGAUAACCAUGUUUUAACAAGCAGCCAUGUUGUGAAGUUAGUUUCAGUGCAUUAUCUAUUUGGGUAGUCUAUGCAAUAACGUAGUGUUACAUGUAUCAAGCCUAGAUGUUCUAUACAGAUGCCAUAUAGUGUUAUGAGCCAGGCUGUUGAAUGGAAUUUCUCAGUAGCAGCCAACCAUUGAAUAGCAAGUGGCAUAAAGCUUAUCCAUUCAGAAUGAAGUGCCUUACAUAUAGCAGUAGUCUUUGGACUAGCACUGACUGAACUGUAAUAUAGGAGAAAGUUUCCAGAUGGUAUCUAGAGUCAAGAGAUCAUGUAGCAUGGUGCCUAUGUAGACAAUAUAAGAGCUUCCCAUUUUCCUUCAGAUAUUUUUAAUAUUAAAUAUAUUUUAGUGACAGAGUGCCAAUUUCUUUCAUCAGGAAACCUUAUUCAGGAGGGUUUAAAAAAAUGUUUAAAUGUCAAACAUGAAUUGAUGAUAGGUGGUGAAGGGUUCAGAGAGAAGGAGUGAUUGUCGGAUGUGUGAAUGGGUGGUUCAGGUGAAAAUCAUCAACUGCGUAGUUCCCAUGCACAUUGGGCAAUGAGAAUCCUUGGAAAUACCGAUGAUGCUAUCAGUUUUAUAGCUUUAUUACUUAAGGAGGUAGGGGAAAUUAGUUCCCAUUCUUUCAACCUCCUUAACUGUAUAGCUCUUUUCCUAGAAUAGUGAUGCAAAUCUGCAUGAACAGCCAAAUGUACCGUAGUGUUCAUUGAUACAAUCAUAGCAUUGUCUAUUUCUCUCUUCAUAUUUAUGGAAGGGAAGGGGAUGGACUUGAAAGUCAAAGAUUGUGAUGCUAUGUUGCUAGUUUUCCGUAUCUGAUUUUGAGAGUUUUUAAAACAAUAAAGCAAGGUCAACUGACCCAUGGCCAAGGGAAUAUGGCCUCAGUUAACCUAUAGAAAGCUUUGUUGAGAGAAAGUACGGCAUCUUGUUCCACUGCCCUGAGUCUUGCAACUCCUGACUUUGCCCUUGCCUGCUUCCCCAUCCCCUUCUUCUUAAGAGACAAUUUCUGAAAGUGGCAGGUAAGCAAGACCAGGAGAAUGCUGCAACCUUGGGGUGGUUUUAUUUAUUUCUUUUUUUGCCAAAUAGAGUGUGAAAUCAUUUUAGGGACUAGUUAAGCCAAGAGGCAGUGGUUUGGGCUUAUUGUUUGUAAGAAGUGAAUGAUCCACACCGCUCCCCCAUCUCUGGGUGCAGAAUUGGGACUCGGGGUUGGGUCUCCUUAUGGAGUGACCAAAAUGCCAGAAUUGUCCACCUGCCUCUGGGUAGGGCAAUUGAAAUACCAAACCUUCUGACUUUGCCAAAAACCAUACAACCAACCUGGUCCUACAUAGGAUGACAAAGUUCUUUCUGGUUGUUUUUAAACAAUAAAGCAAUAAGAACACAAAAUACAUAGGAAGUUAAAAGAUACAAAGUAAAGCACAAAGGAAUGCACUUAUUAAUAUUUUUGAAAAAUGCACUGGGUAAAAAUUGAUGUUGAUAACAGUAUAAAAUAUCCCUAUUUCUUGAUAAAAAUGACAAAUGACUGUCUCUUGUGGACGCUUGGUACUGUAAUGUUAAUAAUAAUCACCUGCUGUUGGAUGCAGCAAUAAUUUCUGUGUGGUCCAUAGCACUGUAUAUUAUGGACUGAUAUUAAUGUGUCCAAUGAAAUAAUUGAACUGUUGUUCUUGAUAGCCUCAUUAAAGCAUUUGGUUUUUCA